AUGUGCCUGAGACGAACAAGAAAUGGCGUUGAACUUAGGGGGCAAACAGCGCUGAUCUCUGACCUGGCCCGACUACUGCACACAUUCGUCUUCUUCUUAACCCACAUCGGCAUGGACCAGAUGGCGUACAUCUUUGGGAGUUUCUCCCGACGGAGACAGUCGUCGGAAUCUAAAGGUGCCCCAAAACGAAGGUCUGUGGAUGUCUCUCCUCAGCCAUUCUCUUCGCUGCGGAGAACUAAGGUUCAGAUAUCUGCUGAAGACCAUCGCAUGUUCAACUGCAAGGUUUGUGAUCGUCAGCUGGUUGAACCUAGAGUACUUCCCUGUCUGCACACAUUCUGUACAAGAUGUCUUCUCCCCAUCACUCAGACUUCCCAGAGCCAAACCAAGAUCCAGGCAGAGACCAAAGGAGGAGGAAGUGGAAGGUUAGGGGGAGGAAGUCUCAAUGGUUCCGGAUCUGGUUCGGGGUCCGGUUCCGGAGCAUCUGGAUACGAAAGUGAACCGAGCAGCUGGUCUGGAACUGACCCUAGUGAUCAGAAUGGCCAGCUUCAGGUGGUCAUUUGUCCUCUGUGCAAAUCAGAAAACAAACUGCCGAAUGGAGGAAUUUCCGGCCUUCCAAUAAAUUACGUUUUACAAAAUCGAAUCCUGCAAUCGAUGCAACAAGCUCCUACGUGUGACAUAUGCAUUACUGAGGCUCCUGCGUCCAACAGAUGCCAGGAUUGCCAGGUUAAUCUGUGCAGUUUUUGUUGUGAAGCACAUCUCCGUGAGAGAGUCAGUGCCCAUCAUGAGAUUACCUCUCUCAAAGAUGUUGCGGAUGCUGCGUUAUUCCGCAGACAGGUUAUGUGUGAUGCACACCCUAACAGAGAACUACGUCUGUUCUGCGGGCGCUGCGGUGUGGUGGUGUGUCGGGACUGCUGCGUAUUGCUGCACAGAGGCCACCCGUGUGACACAGCUGCGCGGGCUGCGCGACUGUACGCAGCCACUCUACGCGAUGCACUUGACAAAACCAGGCCGAUCGCAAAAGAAGCAAAUCUCAGCCUCAAUCGUCUACAGCACCUUGAACUGAGGAUUAAGAACCGCUGCGCUGAAGUGGAGUCAGAAGUAGACAGAUACGCCGAAUCAUACAAAGCUGCGGUUGAGGAACAUCGAGCAACUCUUCGUAAAGAAGUUAACCAGGUUCGUAACAAUAAGCUGACUACACUUCAUUCUCAUCACGACGAGCUUCAAACACGUUCAGAACACACGAGCCACGCUGUCACUUUUGGACAGGAACUGCUUGCAGAAGCUUCGGAUGUAGAGCUUUUGACUCUGGUCACCCCGCUUCUACAGAGGUUGGAAUGGUGUAGUGCUGGUGAAGUGAUUGCCGCCAUCAAAGUGUCCGACUGUCUACAAUUCCUUCCCGAGGAAAGAGCCGGCCUCAUCAACGGACACCCGAUCUUCGGAGUGAUCACAACGCAAGCCGUCUCCCCAGCACAUUGCGAGUUGCAGACCGAAGGAUUACUCAACUGCAGAAUACACAAGAAAGCCGAGUUUAUGUUGAGUACUUUCGACUGUGAGAAACAACCGAUCUGUCACGGAGGAACUCGAGUUGCAGCCGAGUUGAGAUACAGAGAUGCUGCGCAGAGGAGAGUAGCAGUGCAUGUGACAGACAGAGGGGAUGGAAGUUACACGGUAGAGUUCACUCCAGAUGCUUCGGGCAACAUGAGUCUCAAUGUGACAAUUCAGGGCAAACAUAUUCAGGGAAGUCCGUUCAAUGUGUCCGUGUCUACACUUCGUCCACACCCCGGAGUGUACCACUGUUGUACGUUUUGUUCAAGCAACGGAAGCAAGGAGGCACAGUGUGGCUGCGGAGGGAAGAUGCCGGGUUACCGGGGUUGUGGUCACGGCCAUGCUGGCCACCCUGGCCGCAGACACUGGUCUUGCUGCGGAAACCUACUGCAUAACUCUGAGUGCAGCCGCGCGCCUGACUACCAAUACACCCUGUGAUAAUGCAGCAGCUACACUGCACUCAAAGGAUUCAUUUGUAUAUAUUAGAAGUUAUAAAGGGUGCACCAAUAAGGGUUGAACCAUUGACUUGGGGAAACGGGAAUACAUAUCCCAUCUAGAUUUUUUAAACAGAAUAUAAUUGAAUAAGACGUACAUAGUGUGCUGUCAAAGUUUGCUUAUUCUUAAUGUGACUAAUUGUACUAUAACUUUUGAUAACAUAUAAAAGAUGAUAAGUUUACAUUUCCUGAUAAGUUGUCCUUUUAUGUUUGUUGAAAAGAGUGUGUAUUCGACAGAACUCAAUAAUUUACACCAGCAAACUUGAACUAUGAUCAUUUUCGUUCUAGAAAUGACGACAACUUUAACAUGUGAAUCGUGUUUCUAUCAACUGUCAAAGGUAUUUUAAAAGCGUUCUAGUUUUAAUUUGUUUCUUUUUAAUUAUUCAGUUAACUUUGUUAAGGUUUUGACUUUUGAGUCUAAAAUUUUGUCUACUUAUAAACUUUCAAAAUUACAAAACUCUAGCAAACUGUCAAGAAUGAAAAUAUGUCAAAAACCAACACACUACCAUUGAGUAUACACGUAUAAGAGGGUUAAUAGUUAUGUUAAUAGUUGUUACCGAUUUUGGCGAGGUAGUUCGGGCCGCUGACGCCUGUGCCGUGGUGGUCGGUUGGUAGUGCGCCUCUAAAAACCUUUUAAACAUUUAUUAUUAAAAACGUAUUAUAAAACAAUGAAACUACGACCAAACUAACAAAUUUCAUCAACAAAAUUGACAUUUCACAACCUACAGUGAAAGGAAUAUUAAAAAACAACCAAACUACCUUAC